CCGACACACAUCAAGUUUUUGGCGCCGUUGCCGGGGAGAGAUUGUUAGUUCCACAAGUUUAAUGACUAGGAAACCUUAAGGAUGAUUCCAAGAGCUUUUCCCGAGGAAUAUCAAAAACUCACGCUUUCGGAGUUCGUAGCACUACAAGAGCUUUCGGACGACCACAUGUACGGACCACCUCUUGGUACGUACGGACUGAUCCGCGGUGCACACCGCACUCACCAUCACUCGCCCGAAGCCGCCACCAUUGGAGACUUUGAGCCGAUCGGACCGUCCCGCAGAAACCACCAUUGGACCGGCCACGAAGCUCGUGACCGGGGUGCCGCCUUCUGUCCGGACCGGUCACGACCCCUACCAACCGGUCUGGCCCCUGCCCGACCACUUCACGUCUUCCACCACGCCAUUCGAUCCUCUGGAGAGCAAAUCAUUGGGAGACACCAUUCACCACGUCAUGGAGCUGCAAACCAUGAUGGAGAGUACUGCUAUCCGCAAGAAGUAAUGAGUGUAGACGUUCACCCGAACAACUACCCAUUUCGGAACCAUGAGUCAUUCGUUCCAAGGAGAGAAGCCACAGAGGAAAAACUUAUGGAGAUCAUGCAGCAGUUACUUGACAUCCAAGAGAAAGGCAUGAAGGAGAUCGAUUCAAAAUUCACGGAGAUGAAAGCCGAAUUCGAUUCAAAGAUUGAUGCACUUACCAUCGACAUCAAACGUGUAGAAGAACAAGUUGGUGAUGUCAAGAAUGAACUCAUGAACCAUUUUGAGGACAUUCAAGACCACAAUACCAAGAUCAUCGACAUGGGAUACUCGAUUGAUUCCGUGGAGAGCCAUCUAAUGUGGAGGAUUGAGGAGAUACAAGAAGGAUUAACUAAUCCUACUAAGUUUCCCGAGUGGAGAAGUGACCAAUCCUACCAUGACGAAAAGAAAGAAGCUGCAACCCUUGAAGAGAAUCCGACCACCGAUUCUAAGUCUAAGGAGAAAGACUACCCCACCGAUGAAGAAGAAGCGUAUUUCAAUGAGCAAAUCAACGAAAGCCGUCUUGAAGACUAUCCAAGAAGGAAUGAUGAGUUGACCGAAUCAUCUAACGAAGGAGACGAAGGAGAUGAGGAGGAAGAACUCAAAGAUGUCUAUUCUUGUAUGACAAUUCGGAUUCCUAAUGAAGAAGUUCCUGAAAACUCUAAUUUCGGACAACUUCGGAAUCAAGGAGAAGCUACCUUCCAAGGUAACCUUAGACCACCGCCAUUGAAGUUUUCUCAUUGUUCUAGUGAAGAUUGGGAAUCCAGCCCAAGAAGCCGUGAAGGACGUUUUCACUCACCUUACCAAAGGAGAGCCGAGAAUAACCAAGAGAGGUUCACACCGAACCGUCUCUCUUUUCACCAACCAAACCCGCCUAUUCAAGACCAUUCUCGUGUACCAUGGAGGCAGAAAAGUCAUGAGGAGAGACUUGAGAGCUUAAUGAGCCAAUACUUGGAUCAACAAGCUUUGGAUACAAGGACGCUACACGUGAAAAUCGACAAGGUCGAUAAUGCUCUUUCGGGCAAGAUCGAUGAACUUUCUUCUAAAUUUAGAAGAUUGGGAGAUCAUGGUGCUAAAGACGCGGCCAAUAUGGAGAAGAGAAUCCGGAGGUUAGAGAAAGAUCAAGAGAGAGAUCUCAAAAACUCUCAAGAUAAUGCCAAGAGCAUUGGUGAAUUGGCGAUCCGGAUAAGUGAGGAGGAAAUGAAGAACGAUUCUAGAUUCGGAGAUCUUUCCAAUAAAGAGUCUACUAUGCAUGAACUCAUGGAGAAAUACGGAGAAGAAGCCGAAGAAACCAACGCCAAGGCUAGGCUUGAGGCUCGGGAAGUGGUGUUUGAGAGGAAAAUGAAUCUCCUCGAUGAGAAGCUUGCGGGCUUGUUAAUUCGCAUUGCUGGAUGUGAAGAAAAACAAGAAGAAAGGCCCAAAGCCCGGGCCCGUUAUGAAGCUAAGGUGAAAAAGGAAAUUGAGAUCCUAGGAGGAAAAGGAAAUAUAUUCCGUUUUCUUCCACGAAAAGGAAACCCCGGUGCUUUUAAAACAAGUAAAGUCCCUAACCCUACUUCACCGAAUCUCGCAAAAGAAGAAGAAGCUUCAGAAGAAGAAGAAUUUGAAAGAGAGUUCAUCGAGAGUUUCAAAGAGGAAGUACCGCAAAACCCUAUGGAGGAACCCAAUCCUAUUAGGGAAUGCAACGCCGUGAUUCCUCUUGAUGCGAGACCCUUACGAGUGUUCGAACAAGGAGAGAUUCUCGAUUACGAAUCAGACUACUUUGAUGAGGAUGUAGAAGACGAUGGAUACAACUCAUAUGACUCGGAGGGAGAACCGUCGGUCAAUUCAACGAUCACGGAAGAAGAAGAUGAAGUAGGAGCUGCGGAGAUAGACGGUAUGAGAUGCACUUUCCGCGACUUGGUAAGAGCAAUACCACUCACGGAUUCGCUCGAUGCGGCAUGGGAGAAGUUUCUCAUCAAAAGAUUCUACAUGGAGAGUUACAUCUCUAAGGAUCGAGUUCGAGAAACGUUUGAGAAGACAAGGCGUUCCAUCUUCCGUAAGAGGGGGGACUACAUGGAAGAACCACCCGACGAGUUCCAAUCCAAGAGAGUUUGUCUAGGGACAAACAAUCCUUCUCACUACGCUUAAUGUCCGAAGCAUGCCGAAGGCGAUGGAUUGAUCGAGCUACCAACGAUCAAUGCCAAGAGUCCCCACCGUGACAAUCCAAGAGCCGCAACAACGUUCAGCCAUCCGUUCGUACACGACUCCAUCUUGUACCGUGUACCGAACCACGUACGUACCGCAGCCCGUCCGCUACCGUACCGCAGAGCAACAUCCACGUCCAUUCUUCAAUUCCGUCCGAUGAAAUGAUCUAGGAUUGAAUAUCUACCAACAAUAUGGAUAUUUCAUGAGUAAUCAUCGGGACAGAAUCCUGAAACA